CUCAAGAAUUAGAACUCAUUCUCUAAACUUUGAUUUACUUCUUCGAUCUUUCUCUACAAUAGAAGAAAUACCAUCAAAAUUCUCCACUAUAAAACAUAACAAAUAUAUUUUUAUGUUGAUAGAUUUUAAGAAGAAAGAAAACUAAAUAAUUGGAUCAAACAAAACAAGGAUAAUUCUCUAAACCUGGCAUGGAGGACCUCUGCCAGGGUUUCUCUGGGAUGAAUAGAUUCAACACAAGCACUUGGAGUAAGGUCCAGUGUGAGAUGAUAAUAGCAUUCUUAUCCUUUGCUGAUUAUUUCCGGCCGAGGUAUUUUCUGUUGGAGAAUGUGAGGAACUUUGUGUCUUUUAAUAAAGGACAGACAUUCCGUUUAGCUUUGGCUUCACUUCUUGAGAUGGGUUAUCAGAUGAAAAGAUUAAAUUGUCUACUGGACAAGUUGUUGAUUUGAUACCAUGGUGCUUGCCAAACACAGCUAAGAGACAUAAUCAAUGGAAAAGACUCUUUGGUAGGUUGGAUUAGCAAGGAAAUUUCCCAACUUCCAUUACUGAUCCUCAACCAAUGGGGAAAGUUGGAAUGUGCUUCCACCCUGACCAAGAUAGAAUUCUUACUGUUCGUGAAUGUGUCCGAUCUCAAGGCUUCCCAGAUUGCUAUCAAUUUUAUGGUAACAUCAUACACAAGCAAGGCAGAUUGGUAAUGUUGUUCCUCCUCCUUUGGCAUUUGCAUUAGGGAGAAAACUCAAAGAAGCAGUGCAUAAUAAAAGUAGCUCCAAUUAGAUGAAGUGCUCUUAUGAUAUGAAACAUUAAAUAACAAUACGUAGUCACCAUAACAUUGCAAAUUCUUAUCUUUCAGGGUGUUUUUAGAAUCGACCUACCUUUGUAUAUAGAGUUGUUGUCUUGGCCAUUUAUCCAAGCUUAAUCAAUUCCUUGUUUUAAAGGAUUGACGAAUGGAUGGAUAAUGCUAUAAAACUCAUUUUCUAUCAACUUGGAAUAUUUUGGGAUUAGGUGAUAUUUUGGAUCUUACAUUGAAUAUUACCUUCCAAUGUAUAGUUAAAUCGAUGAAUACUUAUAACUAAA